CCCUCCCUCAUUCCCUCAUCCCCUCAUCCACACUUGUCCGUACUCCAUCCGCCCCUCCAUUCAAACACAUCCAAUCAAUCCAAUCACCACAUAACCCUUUAACCAAGUUUCAAUACUCUAAUCAAUAAUCCAUCUAUCAAAAUGUCCGGCAACGACAACCCCGGCAACUUUGCGAACCGCUCGCACGAGGACGUGUCCCACAUUGCGCAAAAGGGCGGCCAGGCCUCUCAUCAGGGCGGCUUUGCCAGCAUGCCUCGUGAGCAAGUCCAAAACAUUGCGUCCAAAGGCGGCGCCGCAUCAGGCGGGUCCUUUGCGCCAGGCGACCCGCGCGCGUCCGAGGCCGGAAGGAAGGGCGGGUCCAAGUAGCCUUGUUACAUUCUACAUCCAUGAAGGUACGGGUAGUAUAAGCUGGGCUUUAGUUUUUGUCUGUCUCUUUAUGACGUUUGACGUUUGACUUUUAAUGUUUGGAGAGUGUUUUUACAAAAUACGAUAAGAAAUGUGUAAAUGAGGUUAAAAAUAAAAAUAAAAAAGAAUCAGCGAC